CGAUCCCCAGGUCAUCUUUUUCGGUGGAAGCGCGCUCCGCAAGUACGGUGUAGGUUUCUAUCGGUGGUGUACUGCUGAAGAACGGCUAAAGCAUUUAUUUUGCAUAUUUCUCUGUUCUGACUCCACUCGGUGCUUGUGUCUCAUACAACGAAAGAAAGAUGAACCAGAAGACAUGCACCAAAAGCACUUUGCACUUACUUAUUUACUAUCUUGCGCCUCUAAAUUUAUAAUUACUCCUCCUUGUCAACAGCAGGCACUCAGGAAGCUGUAGUGCUUUCUAUUUGCGAUCGUUUGUUGGUAAGUACACAAAAGUGGAAGUGCUCCUGUCUUCAAAAAUUCGUGCGAUAAUUGCUAUCGCCCAUUGAAGUUACCUUUUAUUUUGCCAAUGAUAUUAGUGUAGAAAAAGAAAAUUGAAAUUCUUUUUCAUCGUAUUAAUUUCGUUCACCGCUGUAGUUUUUGGUUUUUACAUACUGACAUUGAGAUUGAACAGUAGAUCCGAAGCCGGAUCCAGAACUCUCCUAGAAGUAGAAGAAAAAGCAGCAACAUCAUGAACAGUGGCGGAAUGAACAAGUUUGAACAGCGGGAACAACAAUGUUGCCCGUGCUGCGGGCCGACCUGCCGGUGGUCGAUGUACAUCUAUGCCAUGACCUUCGGGCUCUUAUUUUUCUAUCCACAGCAAAUAUGUCUGGGUCUGGGAGAUUGCGAGACUUGUCAUGCUAGCCUGGCAUGACUCUGAACUCUGUAUUGCGUAGCCGCGAAGAGCUCCUUCUCCCUGUCAUGCAAAAACGCAGCUUCUUAUGCGGAAUACGCAACUCAGAACCAUGAAAAAAGCUUGUCAUGCGUGGCAGCGCAUUACAGUGAGCUCACUACUCCCUUCCUUGCGUCACAAGUUUCCAGACCCAGACACUUUUGCAGUUGAUAUUUUCGUGAUGGAAUCCAUCACCGUGUCCAUGGAGAACGGGGACUGUUUAUGCAAUGAAAAAAGUGUAUACGGUUUCACACAUUGUGUUGCAGAACGCGCAUCAUGACAGACAAGCUCUCUCGUGCCGGAGAGGCAUGCGAGCAUCGUUUGAUACGUGUUUUCAUCCCUUAGGAUCAACGCAUUGCAAGUUUUCUCUGUAGUGCAGAGUUUGUGUUGCUGAAGUUGCAACAAAGGUGUAAGAACUGUAACCCUUUUUUUGUCCGAUACUUCCGCUCGACCUUCCAGUGGAGCGUGGUGUGUGCGGGCGCAGCCUACUGGAUGUUGUCUAUUGUGGUGAUCGGCAGCACAAGGGUGCUGAAUCGCAGCAACCGGAACUUUUACCGCUUCGAAAUGCUGGCCUGCGUAUUGUACGCGACUUCGUGGAGUCUGCUGAUCGCGUACCGGUGCACGAGGCAUCAUGGAAGCAACCCAACCUACGCCUACAAUCAGUUCCUUCUCAAGAUGUUUGCGGUGUUUACGCGGACAGACGACGGCGCGACCCUGGAAAACGAGGGGGAUGUAUUACUAUAUUACUUAUACAUUACUAUCUACCAGCCAUGCUCCGGCUGCCGCCGGAGCGCAAGGCUGUUGGGCCGGGGCAAGAAUGUCUGCCGAUUGGACCACAACGCCACGGGUCUAUGCACAUUGAAACGCACUGGAGUCCUGCAUCCUGUUUGCGUCGCGCCAACCCGCAGGACCGCUUGCGCGCUUCCCGCGCCCGGAGGCGCUCUGUGCAGGGAGCAGCUGCAAAGAACACCGGGGGCGAACAGAAGCCGCCUGGCGCGAGAGGGUAGCGCGGGAGGGUGGCGCGAGAGGGUGGCGCGAGAGGGUUGCGAGAGAGUCGCGCGAGAGGGUGGCACGGAAAGACGCCGAACAAAAGAGGCCCGCGAAUGGCCUGCAGUGCGAAAUAUUGGUAGCGCCAUGCGGAUUCGCGCCCGCUUGGGUGCGCUUUUACCCUCUCGCAGACCUCCCGCAGACCCUCUUUUUGACCUCUUUUGGGGGUCCCCGCUAAUAAUCCGGCUAUACUCGCUCUCGCGGGUAGAGGUCGACAGAGGUGGCCGAGAGGUGGCCAAGAGGGUCCGCGAGAGGCCGCCCCUUAUUCGCGCCACCUCUCCCCACCUCUGUCGACCUCUCGCGCCCCCUCUUUUUCUUUGACCUCCCUGCACCCUCUCAGGCACUUAGGCGGCGCUUUAGGGUGAGCGCUUCGGCGGGCUGUACUCGCGCACCCUCUCGCCGACCCUCUCGAGUGGGGAGGGUCCCGCCCCACCUCUCCACCUCUGUCGACCUCUGUUUUACCUCUUUUGGCCUCUUUUUGACCUCUCGGCCACCUCUUGUUUACCCUCUGUCUACCCUCUUGCCUACAAUCAGUUCCUUCUCAAGGUGUUUGCGGUGUAUACGCGGACAGACGACGGCGCGACCCUGGAAAACGAAGGGGAUGUAUAAAUGAGAUGCUAAAAAAUUAUUUUCUGCAUGAACACCAUGAACUUUUAAUAAGUGAGUUGCUGAACAAAGUACUAAAGAUGGUGUUCUUGGUCGUGUCCUCUUGAAGGUCUUGAAUAGAGGUGUCGUCUGAACAAGCUUCAGGUUGUGGCCGCUAUUGUAUAAAAGCUCUUAGAGUCCUCAAUGCUCAGCGCAGUUCAUCGCCGCCGCACGUUUAUUGUCACGAUCGAGCCGCUCCAUGAUAGUAACAACGAAACUCAAACAAUACAUACGUAUCAGAUCUACGGCGAGGGGGUGUAUAUGACCUACUACCUGAUUCUCUCCCACAUCGUCUUCCUGAUGUACCUAGCCCAAGCGGUAUUACAAUGAAAAAUGCCCCCACCCCCCGAACUUGGGGGCAUUUGUAUUGCAAACCUUUCCAAAUGAAACAUUCGCCCUCAUGCACCUAUCAGCAUCACAGGUUUUCAAUCGUGAAUAGCAAAAAUUCGUAUUGCAAAAGACCCCAACAGGAGCGGCGCUUGUCAUGCAAGCGAUGUCGGAUACACACCUAGAUUUUGCAGCAGAAAGGUUCAUACUCCUACUUUCACGCAUAGAUAAAAAAGUUCUUCAUUUCUUGAAAACCUUAUGCAUCACAAGUUGUUGCUGCAACUUUGGGGGUGGGGGCAUUUUUCACUGUAAUAAGCGGCCGGGGACUUUUCGGCGUUGGCCUGCCUGAAGACGCGCGCGGAACUAUCCUAAGUAAAAAUGUCCCCACACCAGAGUCAAGAUGGGAAAUCCGCUAGACAAAUCAGCCACCUCUGGUUGUUUCGCAUGACAAAUUUAAUUAUCCUCGUAGUGUAGUCCUGUUUAGCUAGUUCCGAAACAUCACAGAUGUAGCGCAUCAUGCUGAUUUUAGCAUCGCAAGUUCCAGAACAGGAGUAGAAAAUGGCUCUCAUGGGGCUCCGCAUGAGAAACUUUUUUGGCGUGCAGAUUUGCAUGACAGCUCUGAGGUAGGGAUAUUUUUACUCAGGAUAGGAACAGGACCGCCGUAUGGCGGGGUUUGACGUCCACCGCCACAUACUGUUUGCGUUGCAUAUGACCUGCUCAAGCGUUACAAUCUCAAAUCGGUUACCAUAGAAUCUGAGAUUUGUCUUGCAUGAUGAACAUGACAGACUCGGACAGCACUUUUCCACUUUCUGCAGUACAAAUGUCGCUAGAUUUUUGUAGUGCGGAUUGGGACAUCAACUCCAGGCCUUGUCAUGCAUAGUCCUAUGGGAGUAGGGUAGAUCAUGCACUUCUUGCAUCACAGAUUUCCAUAUUCUAUGGUAAACCGAUUUGAGUUUGUAACACCUGAGCGGGUUAUAUUGCAGCUCCCGCUACACAUGCUCCUGAUCCAGGACAGCGGCGUAUGCGGAGUAAAUAAAACGUGGCCCGCCCCAUAUGCAAGAGAAAAACUGUGUAAGUGUCAAUUUGUGUUGCAGGACAUGCAACAGAGUUGCGCCUGCCAUGCCAGACAGCCAUGAAGUCCUCUUUUCAUGUGUGUUUUUCCUUACAAGCCACGCAUGACAGGUUUUCUCUGUCAUGUAGAGCAAAUUUGUGAUGCUGUUUCUCAAAGAAAGUUACACUUACACGCUUUUUUUCCUGGAUAGCCCCAAGCACGACCACCUUAGUUGGGAAUUAUAAUGCUCACGCAUAGCAAUUCUUGUUCUGCAGCGUAGAAGUGCCGGUAUCUACCUUCACGAACAGCUGCAUCACAAAGACGCGGAGUUACUUCACAGCAUUACAUGCAACACUAGAAUAAAUGCCUCGUCUCAACAUGGGGAAGUAGACGAAGAUGCGCAUCACACAUGAAUUAUGCUCCUUGAGAGGAAAAUCCGCAUGAUAAAAUUAACAACAGUGGGCGUGUGCUGGGGACGCACUGAAUUUACUCAGGAUACGACGCGGUCGCAAUUUACCUUCCGGCGGGGUACAUGGGACAGGUGAUCAACAUAUGCAUUGCAAUUAUGUCUGGGUCUGGAAGGAUGCGACUUGUGAUGCUAUCUUUGGACUCAAAAAAAAUCUGUAUUGCAUGGCAGGCAAGAGGAGUCCAGUCUGCUACGCGGAGAGGGCAUUUCUCAUGCAGAAUAGGAAUCAGAAAGACCUCUAAAAAUCUGUGAUGCUAGGUCAUGCAUUACAGGCGUCAUGGGUCGUGCCAAAUAUGCAUGACAAGCCUGGCAAUCUUCCAGACCGAGACAUAUUGGCAUUUGAUACAACAGUUUCUUUCUGGUUUUGUUCUACACCUUCGUCAUGUUGGCGGCUUUUCUGAACCAGAAGCGUAUCCUGAGCAAAAAUGUACCCACCCCAGAGUUGUCAUGCAGAUUUGCAGCUACAGGAAGAUUUGUAAUGCGCAUCCACAUGAGAGGCAUUUCCAAUCGCGUUUGGCGCUUCGUAAUGCUGUCGACAGGAUGAGUAGAUGGAUUUGUGUUGCGGCUGUGCUUGCUAAACUGCACUACAAUACAGAGACGAACUUGUCAUGCUGGACCCCCAAAACUUCUCGAUUUGUGUUGCAAGAUCCCCAGCUUGACUAUGGUGUGGGUACGUUUUUACUCAGGAUAAAGCGACGGCCUAGUUCUGUCGACAGCAGCGACGACGCUGAGGAAGGUCAAGCGUUUUUAGGCGGGGGCGCCAGGAUACGGAAGGAGAUCUCGAAAUAAAGUGUCUCGCUGCGUCGAACUUGUUGUGAUUUAUUUCUGGGUUUUAGACAAGAAGGCACGGGCAUGGCAACAUGAUCUCCACAGACGCGAUCGCCUUGCAACAUGCAUAUUUAUACGCAACAAGAAACUAGUAGCCGCAUCGUUCGGUACUACUUCUACAGACGGAAAAGUAUUUCCGUUAACGUGGUUCGUUGGCUUCCCUGAGGGAGCGCGCAGGGCAGAUCUUCACUGUCAUCAUGUUAUAUGAUAUUUUUGACGACACAUCAGAAGAUUUAGAUUUAGAUUUACUCCUCCCUACAAAAAAAGAAUUCCUCGCAGUCAGACACCUUAUAUAAUUCUUUACUGGAUCAUAAAGGAGGAGCAACCUCGACAGUUACAACGCGGCGAGCCAGGUGCUCCGGGAGAAAUACCCCAGCGACGAGGUGCAGUGGCGCGAAAACGAGGACGGCGACGUCUACUACCAGGGUAGCUUCAUCGAUCUCCAGCCCGCCUCGGACAAAUCCGGGUGCCUGCAGUGGAUGCACCGGGGCUUUGCGCUCGCGCUCUUCGCCGGCGGACUGGGGGCGGUGCUGUGGCUGCAAGACCUGAACUGUGAAUCUGAAACCUACUACUACUACUCCCUCGGGGACUUCGUCAAGGCCUAUAAGACCUUCGCCGCCGGCCGCGGCCACUGCCAUCGGCGGAAUGCCUAUUCAAGAAAAAAGUGUCGUGUGGGUCGUGUAACUGUGUAGGAAGAGCAGCAUCACAAGUUCGUUUUGCCUUUACAGAAAAAAACCUGUCAUGCGCAGCAGCUGGUAGUGGUACUAUGUGAAAACACGUAUGAAGCAUGGCUAUGCCUAUGACGCACUUCCAGUAUGACACACAAGCGUAACGGUUUUGCUUUUUUUGCAUCACAAACCCACAGCUUUUUUCUUGCAUACUGCCCCGUACAGCCUGGCGGCCUGUUACUCGUUGAACACGCAAAUUGGAAACGACUGGGACGUAUCAAAAAUGCAAACAUCGAUCUGCGUCUGGAAGCUUGUGAUGCUGGUUGGGAAAAAGUCACGAGCACGGCUGCUGCAAAAUUGACGGCUAAAGAUGACAAGUUUUUGCGAUGCUGGGUGUUUUUGUCUAUCCUGUAAGUAUGACACACUGCAGGAGUUGCUCUGCAUGACAGUGUAUGACUGUACUUCUACCUCCUUUUGGUGAAGGGGAAAGUAUGUUGACUGACUGCAUACAGCCGAUCAUGCGUCAUGCUAGCCGAGCAUGUUGAGAAGAAAUCUAGUGCAUACUUCCAGACCCACCAGACGUUUUUGCAGCGCAUAGGACGCCAUGUCGAACUGUAUCUUGGCGCGGCAGUUUCUCUGGUCCGGUAACUUUACCGCCACGGAGGACGACCGUGAUACGGAGCAGGUCGACGCCUCGGACCUGCACGUGCCGGCUCCGGGCAAGGAGCGCCUGGCGGCCAGGGUAUUCACGGACUCGGAAUGGAAAUUACUGGGCCGGUGGCGGGCGGCGCUGGCGCAGCCGGGCGGGUUUGUUAGCGCACAAAAGAUCACCGGGUUCGAUCAAGCGGGCAAGCCGGUGUUGGGGGAUGUUGUCAGUUUUCCCUUUCAGGGCGACGCGGCGGAGGCGAACAUGCACGUGCGCAGUGGGGAUGUGAUCAAUAUUAUGAGAGUGCACAACUCCCCCUCCUCCUCAUUUGCCAUGCAAAAUCGCAAAUCCAGGCUGUGCCUCUUGGCACUGUUUGCAUGACAAGUUCUGGUAGCCCAAAUAGCACUACACUCCAGUGGAAAUUUGUCAUGCAGAGCCGGCAUUCUUACUGAUGCUUGUAUUGCCGUUCAUGCUAUGCAAAUGAGGGAGAGGGGGAGUUGUGCAUUGUCAUAAAUAUCCCAAUUCAGCAAGGCACCAGCACACUCGACGACUUUGAGAAGGAGUUUCACGCGAGCUUGAUUGAUGCAACGCGUUACUGCUACGUCUACCCUCUCUCCGAGUACCGGGACUACUGGAAGCCCCCCGCGGAACAUUAUGCGAUGAAAACAAACGUGCCGUCAGUUUUGUCACACCAGACACAGAUACUUACAACCGAAAAAUACGGCGUUCUUCUUGCGGCAAAUACUUAAACAGGCUAAGGUCACAGACAAGCUCACCCUCAUCUGAUGUCAGCCUGCCCGAGCAACUUCUGCAGCUUAGGAAGAGCCUAUGUUCUUAGGAACCCAUUAUAUCAAUCUCGUCCAGACGCAGACGCUGGGUUUUUUACUACUUUUUGCUUUAUGAUUUCCGACGUUUUGCCAAAAAAGAAUGAAUCAGCCAAAGUAUCUAAUUUGAAGUGUCGUCGGCGUGUAAGAACCAACUGUAGCACGACAAGAACUUUUUUCGCACGAUACGCAUGGAACAGAUUCCUCCGUGAAGUUUGUGAAAAUUUUUUCCAAUCCCUACCACGGCAACAGGGACGCGCCGGCGCAGCCGUCCUUGGACUAUCUGGAGGAUGUGAAGGCCGCGUUGCGGGACACCUGGAGUGCCGCGUUGCCGGCGGUAGACUGGGGCGCGCCCGGUAUCACAUGUAAAAACGUCCCCACCCCACAGUCAAGUUGGGAAGUUAGCAACACAAGUCCAGAAGUUUUGGGAGCCACGCAUGACAAGUUGCAGUCCGUAGUGUAGUGCAUGUUAGCAAGGACAACCGCAUCACAAAUCCAUCUGCUUAUCCUGCUUACAGCAUUAGAAAUUCCAGAACGCGAUUGGAAAUGCCUCUCAUGGAGAUUCGCAUUACAGAUCAUCCUGCAGUCGCAAAUCUGCAUGACAACUAUGGGGUGGGGAUGUUUUGACUCAGGAUACCCGGCCGGAUCGAGUACCAGGUUCCGCCCAAGCAGAGCCAAACCACCUUGGCGGACCGGGCGGAGGCCGCGGACAACGAUAUCAGCGACAUGGUGCUCAUCCCGAAAGUGCUAUACGUGCAGAGUGGGGGGUUUUCCCUAAUCGCCGGGCAAUGCAUGCGCACCCUGCGGAACGGUCAGGGCCUUCCGUAUCUCGGCGCGGGGGUGGGGCUCAGCGGGUCCGUGUGCAAGCGCAAGGACGGAUAUCCAACAAAAAGGCUGUGUAAUUGUAACUUUGUAUUGCAGACGAUGCAAGACAAUUACACCUGUAGUCAUGCUGGACAUGCAUCAGACGCUCUUUUCGUACGUGUUUUCACGUACCAGCCGCGCAUGAAGAGCUCUAUCGGUCAUGCAGAGCAAAUUUGUGAUGCUAUUCUUUCAAGGAAGUUACACUAACACAGUUUUUUUCUUGGAUAAGGGAUGGCCGGAAAAAGGAAUGGAUCCUAACUACCGCCCGAUGUGAUUUCUAUGUAUAGCAGUUGCUAUAAUUUUUAGGCGUUGUUCUUCGUUGUACACCCUGGUAGUUGUACAACAAGAACACGCUGUACUAGAGACGAGAAGCUAUGUUCAGCAUAUCUAACUGUAACUCGUGUUCAUUUUAUUUUACGUUUCGAUUCUAUUUCUUUGCACAUUCGUUUCGCUAGAUUCGUGGAAAUAAAAAUUAUCCAAGGAUCAUUCUACUGCUACUGGUAUCGGAUAAAAACUAAUGGGAACAUCAACCGAGCCAGACCCAGAGUGGUCUCAGUCCUGUUCAUCUUUUCGUCUACAUGAGCGGAAGAUAAGAACGUCGAAGACGACAAUUUUGUUGCUCCUCUCUUACAAGAACUCAAAAGUUCUUCCUCGACGCGCCUAUCUCCUUUUUCAACAUAGUACCUGAAGUUGAUAUGAAAAAACGCCGCUCCACCAGGCGCAAGGCAGAACCGGCGUCGUAGUACGUGGAACCAGAAAGCGGUAUUUAAGGCUUACAGAAAUUAGUUCCUACCCUUGUUCCCGAAAGCUUAGGUUUGAAAAAAAUGGAAACAAACCGCGAGGGGGGUUUAGCUUGCA